AUGACCCAAGAUCUUUUUAAUUUUAUAUCAAAUGAAAGUUCAGUUGCUUUAUUAUCUAAGUCUACUGAUAUAUCUAUGACUUCAGAGAUCGAACAUGUAGAACUAUCAGAUGAUAAAUCUAAAUCUCUUGAAAUCUCUUCUGACUUACUUGUAAGCAAUGUUGUAAACAAUGAACUAAAAACUACUAUUAAGCUUGGUGAGAAUCCAGAUAAGUUUGUUACUAUUACUGAAAAAGAUAAGCUCAAUUCCAUAGCAUUCUAUGAUAGAAUGCAAACUGAUACAAGAAUAUGUAGUUAUGCAAAAAAGGCUGAAGAAGAUUCCAAUAAAUAUAUAGACAUUUUAUCACAGCUUAGUAGUUAUGUCAAAGAGUUGGCUAAUAAACUUUCAAAUGGCAAGACUAAAGAGCAGAAGCAAGCUAAUACUCUUAUUCCUAUUCAAGUUUCUGAAAAACAUGUUGAUAAAAGAGAUCUUAUUAAAAUUAUUGCCCAAGAUAUUAUAAAAAAUAAUCUCUUAUCUAAAGAAAUAAAUGGAAUAGCAUAUGACUUGGCUUCUUCUGCUUCCAUUACUGUUGCAGAAAAUUCUCAUUAUAAUUUAUUACAGAAAAAAUUACGUAGCUUAGAUGCUAAUUAUCUCAUCAUUGAGGCAAUGAAAAUAUUCUUUAUUACUGAAAAAGCAAAUCAAAUUCAAACAAGAAAGCAUAUACUUUGUGAAAUUAAUAGGUAUGAUUGUCCUGAGUUCUUUUAUCUAAAAAAGAAUGAUUCUCUAAAUAUUAUUGUAAAAGACAUUGAAGUUCCAGAACUAGAUUCAUGUUUAUUAUACAACCAAGAACUUUUUUUAUAUGAAAUAAAAAAACCAAUUAUUUUACUUACUUGUGACCACUUAUAUCAUCAUAAUUGUAUUGAAAGUUUUAUUAAAAUUAGUUCAAAAUGCCUAAAACCUGGUUGUAUAAAGGUGAUAGAAUCUAUAGUCAAAAUACCUAAAAGUCAAGAUAUCGAUUUAAUAGAAAGUCACCUACUAUAUUUAAAAACUCUCUGUUUACUCAGAAAACUUAUAGAAGAAUUAUCUACCAAACCAAGUAAUCUGCAAGUUCUUGUAACUAAAAAAGAAAAUACAAAUAAUUUUGUUAAUUUGUACAAUAAUAUAACUUAUACAGAAACUGAAAAUGAAAUUAUAAAUCAGAAAGUUAUAACUAGCUAUUAUUUUUUUGUUAAUGAAGAAGUUAAAGAACAAAUUCCCAAUAUUACAGAUACUACAUUGUAG